AUGCUUCCAUCACGGCGAGAUGUCCGAACUACUAAGUUAAGCUCCUGCUAUGAGAAUGAACAAAUCUGCAUUACUGAAAAAUUGUCCGAAAAACGAGAAAAAGACCUAAUUGCGAGUUUAAUCAGGACGAUUAACGUAGCCUUGGCUCCGAUAGAUCUUCGAUUAUUGCAAGUGGAUGAUGAAUAUGAUGACGAUAACGAUUAUCUCGUUCUAAUCAACGAUCAUCAGGAGAGUGAUCUGUUGCGAGAAGCUUCCGGAUUCACAACAACCGAUUUUGCAUUGUUCCAUCUGUGGGAUGAAGCGAAAGCAACGAUACGCCUGGAUACUCGCGGAAUCGCUGAAUUACAAACAUAUUUUAACGCACAUGCGGAAGAAUUGGACCUUAAAAAAUGUUCUGUCUGCGGCAAAUUUAUCGUUCUAAAAAGUCGUGCAGUUUCAUGUAACGUAUGCGGAAAUACAUUGCAUAGGCAAUGUAUUUUGAAGACAGCAAGAAAUUCUCAGUCGAAAAAAACAGUUUGCGUAGGGGAAGUGAAGAAUGGUCGAAUUUGUGGUGCAGAACUUCACAUACCGCCAUCAGUGGAUUUAUCCCGUGAAGAAAGCACCGGAACAGGUUGCAUUUUUGCUUAA